AACAGAUGGCAGCAGUGUGCACUUUUCCUAUGGUCUACGUCUGGAUGCUAAAGGAAAUGGCUUACAGACGUGUCCAGAACUUGCAAUGGGCUGGAAGGAAGCAUACUUUGGCGCCGUCUGCAUGCUGUGUUCGGCAGUGAUUGGUGCUGAUGCUAGUGUGAAAGCUAAAGACGAUCUGGUAGAGUUUGGUGAGAGUGCGACCUUAGAGUGCACUUUAUCCGAAGCAAAGGAAAUCAUUCAAGCCACCUGGACUAAGACGUCAGGAAACAAAGAAACGACUGUGGCCACCAUCACCAGAAAGUCAGGGGCACUAAUCACCAAGGGAUAUGAGAAUCGCCUGAACGUCAGCCUGGCUGGGGUCAACAAGACUGCCAUCACUGUGUAUAGGGCCAGCAUUGAUGAUGAAGGAUGCUACACUUGUGUUUUGAAUGUCUUCCCAAUCGGAGCAAGCAAAGGGAAACCCUGCCUUUCUUUUAUUGGUCCUGUGCUAAUUGAAAAACACCAUAAUGUCAGACUUGGUGAGGCCGUAACAUUGAAGUGCCUUCUUCAGGGCAAAUAUGAUGUCAAACAGGUGUCAUGGCAGAAGGACGGGAGAAACGUAGCAACGUACUACACCGGCAAACAGACAUUUAUAUUUCCCGAAUAUGAAAACGUAUAUAACAUGACUAUGGCGGGUCUGAAUGUGACGGCAAUCACCAUACGGACAUCCAAAGUUAGCGAUGAAGGAGACUAUCAGUGUAUCUUCAACUCAUACCCUUCCGGUUCUUCUACAGGGAAAACCACUCUACACAUCUACGAGCCUCUGAACGUGGCCUUGUCCAAGGAUCACUGGAAUGAUUUCCUUAACAUCACCUGUGUGGCCAGGGCGCGGCCUCUCCCUGUGAUUUCAUGGUCCGGCGUAGGUGGCGGUUACACCAAUGGGAGCAGCUCUGACGGCCUGGUAACAGUUACCAGCUGGAUAGUGAUAAAAGCUGCGGACAGUCAGCUGAGCGACACGAUGCAAUGCAGAGUCCUUCACGCAGGGAAGGAGACCGCGCACAAAGUGUCUGAGAUAAAAAACCCCACGACCAACAUCCAGCCCACUAUUAUAGGGAUGAUUGUUGCCAUUCUACUGGUGUUGGUGGCGGCUCUGACGUUAGUGUGCUGCCGUGCCAGGAGAAGGAAACCCUCAGAGGCACUCAGUCGCUAGACCUAUUCCAGCAUCGGCUGGUGGCUGCGUUAUUUGGACUUUUUUGGCUUCUUCCAAGUCACAGAUCUUGAUGCCCGACGCGUCUGCUACAGGUGGAUCCCGCAGUGCUUUGCUCUUAUGCAAUCUAUGGCAAAUGGUGCAUAAAUGCAGAGUAAACUCGCAAACUCUACCUGUUACAAUUAAAGGCUGCUUGAACACUUUGGUCCACACAUAAGCUGGACUCUUCCACAUGUUCUCCUAAUGUAAGACAGUGCUCUGCAUGGCUCAUGAAUCCUCAUUAAUACGACACUUGGGAUGUUGCCAAACUCAAAAAUUAUAGAGCACUGCGGUGGAAGUUUGCAAGAAAACACUGGAUUGCCUCAGAAGACAUAAAAAAAUUGAAAUAAAAUUCUCUGAUGCCCUCAGAAUUCACAGCUGAAUCUCCAGAAAGAACGGAAAUACAGUAUGCAGUAUCACAUGUCCAGCCCCUAACCAGGCACAGCUCCCUUAUAUGUGUCCUUAUGUCUCUUGACUGUAAUUUAAAUGGCUCAUCAUGCAGACCACAAUCUAAGGUUGCGUGUGGGAUCAAUACAGGGCGGAGGAGGGUGUUAAACCGGCAUUUAAGCUGGAAACACCCCAAUCCUACUAGUGCAUUUUAUUAUAAGAUACAAAAUCUUGUGCCUCUGAAGAUGCAGUCACCUUUAAGCGUCUAGGACACACAAUAGGUGCAUACGUGGCAUAAAAAAACAGACGUUUGCAUUGUGUGAGUACAUUUAUAACCCCCUAGUGCCCACAAUAUCCUAAGGGUAUACGCUUGGACAUAAAUUAAAAUUAUAUUAUACUAGCCGUUCUUCGCAGGGGAGUUUCUGAUUUUGACGGAUGUAAAUAUAAAUGCGUGUUGAUAAUUUGGUAAAUCUAUAGAGAUAUCAAUUUGAGAUGUCUUAAUGGAAGUUAAUAUUAAUCCAUUGUUCUUGGCGUUACCCGAGGAGCACCCAUAGAAGAUACGGUAAAAAGUGACAGGACCAUUUUUGUAGUUUAUUACAUUCUACACACUGGAGGUGCAAUCUAAAUUUUGAUCCGAUUGUCCUUUUGGGGUGUUAUCAUUCACGCAACGCAAUUCCCGGAACGGUAAUGACGUCAUUAUGUCAACCCCCUUUUCAUCCCCUUAGGAGAGGUUUAUUAAAAUUCUAAUUACGUAGUUUUCCUAUUUCCCACCUGAAGAUACCUAUGUUACAUUUCCAUUAUCUUCUUAAAAUAUCGAGUAGUCAGAGAAUUAGUGAUGAGUGAGUGAGUGAGUGAGUGAGUAUGGGCUUUCGUAUUUAUAUAUAUAUAUAUAGAUAUACGUUUUACUCAAGUUAGAACUGUGUACAUUAGGUCACAUGGUAAACAGAGAAAUCUUGAAUAAUACACUAUGAGGCAGAUGUAUUAACCUGGAGAAGGCAUAAGGAAGUGAUAAACCAGUGAUAAAUGCAAAAUGAUAAAAACACCAGCCAAUCAGCUCCCAUAUGUAAAUUAACAGGAGCUGAUUGGCUGGUGCAUUAUCCCCUUGCACUUAACACUGCUUUAUCACUGGUUUAUCACUUCCUUAUGCCUUCUCCAGGUUAAUACAUUUACCCCUAUAUUACUACUGAGGCCUAGAAAUGAGCUUUGGAAAAAGUUGUUUAUGCAGCGGAAGCCUCCGGGCAGUACAUGUUCCGUAGUCAUCCCUCUUGCUGGUUCAAUAAGCUAUACUGUAAAUAUUAAGCUUUGUUUCUCCAUCCCACUGUUCAUUACUCCACACAAUACCUCCCAUAUGUUCUCAAAACAUCAUUAUAUUGAUUAUCUUGCAUCUGGGGAAACAGAGGAUCUCCGGGGGAUUCCGCGCCGUUCCUCGUCCAUUGUUCCAGAAAAAGUCAUAAAGAAGAGAUGACUAGAAGACAAUAGCAUUGAUGUAGUGCCAGUAAUAAUUGUCUAACACUAAUUAAACUUCAGUUCAGUGAUGAAA